GUGGCCGCGGUGGCGGCGGCGCAAGAGAGCUGAGGGCGACGCGAGGGCGCGGAGUUCCGGGCCGAGUAGCUAGGCCGCGAGCAACUGCUUCGCCGAGCCGAUGAGUAACCUGAAGUCCCAAGAGGAGACGUCACCCGCCCAAGGGUACUUCUAGCACAGCCAGUGUCAAACCAGGCCUGCACAGGAGCCCAAGUCUGCACCCUCCUGGUACUAAGAGCCUUGGCACCAUGUUUGGAAAGAAGAAGAAGCGGGUAGAGAUCUCGGCACCAUCCAACUUCGAGCACCGCGUGCACACGGGCUUCGACCAGCAUGAGCAGAAGUUCACGGGGCUGCCCCGCCAGUGGCAGAGCCUCAUCGAGGAGUCUGCUCGCCGGCCCAAGCCCCUCAUCGACCCCGCCUGCAUCACCUCCAUCCAGCACGAGGCCCCCAAGACCAUCGUGCGGGGCAGCAAAGGUGCCAAGGAUGGGGCCCUCACGCUGCUGCUGGACGAGUUUGAGAACAUGUCGGUGACACGCUCCAAUUCCCUGAGGAGAGACAGCCCGCCGCCGCCACCUGUCCGUGCCCGCCAGGAAAAUGGGAUGCCCUCGGAGCAGGCCGCCAUGGCCAGAGGGGGCCCGGAGAAAGCGGGGGGCCACGGCCGGGUUUCUGGUCGCAGCGAGGGGGGUAGCAGCAGUGGUGACAGGCGGCGGGUGGGGCCGGAGAAGAAGCCCAAGUCUUCCAGGGAGGGCUCAGGCGGGCCCCAGGAGUCCUCCCGGGACAAGCGCCCCCUCUCUGGGCCUGACGUCAGCACCCCCCAGCCUGCUGGUGUGGCCAGUGGGGCGAAAGUGGCAGCUGGCCGGCCCUUUAACACGUACCCGCGGGCCGAUACGGACCACCCAUCCCGGGGCGCCCAGGGGGAGCCUCACAAUAUGGCCCCUAAUGGGCCAUCAGUGGGGGGCCUGGCUGUCCCCCAGUCCUCCCGGCCUCCCGCCCGAGCCCGUGACCCCCCCAGCCCUGGAGUGCUGGGCCCCCAUUCCUCCGAGCCCCAGCUGGCCCCUCCAGCCCGAACCCUCGCUGUCCCUGCUGGCACCCCAGCCCCUGGGCCUCCUGGCCCCCGCUCUCCACAGCGGGAACCCCAGCGUGUGUCCCAUGAGCAGUUCCGGGCUGCUCUGCAGUUGGUGGUGGACCCUGGUGACCCCCGCUCCUACCUGGACAACUUCAUCAAGAUCGGUGAGGGCUCCACGGGGGUGGUGUGUAUUGCCACCGUGCGCAGCUCGGGGCGUCUGGUGGCCGUCAAGAAGAUGGACCUGCGCAAGCAGCAGAGACGCGAGCUGCUCUUCAACGAGGUGGUGAUCAUGCGGGACUACCAGCACGAGAAUGUGGUGGAGAUGUACAACAGCUACCUGGUGGGGGACGAGCUCUGGGUCGUGAUGGAGUUCCUGGAGGGAGGCGCUCUCACCGACAUCGUCACCCACACCAGGAUGAACGAGGAGCAGAUAGCCUCCGUGUGCCUCGCCGUGCUGCAGGCCUUGUCUGUGCUCCACGCCCAGGGUGUCAUCCACCGCGACAUCAAGAGUGACUCCAUCCUGCUGACCCACGAUGGCAGGGUGAAGCUGUCAGACUUCGGAUUCUGCGCCCAAGUGAGCAAAGAGGUGCCACGGAGAAAGUCACUGGUCGGCACGCCCUACUGGAUGGCCCCAGAGCUCAUCUCCCGCCUUCCCUACGGGCCAGAGGUGGACAUCUGGUCACUGGGGGUGAUGGUGAUCGAGAUGGUGGACGGGGAGCCACCCUACUUCAAUGAGCCACCCCUCAAAGCCAUGAAGAUGAUUCGUGACAACCUGCCACCCCGACUGAAGAACCUGCACAAGGUGUCGCCAUCCCUGAAGGGCUUCCUGGACCGCCUGCUGGUGCGGGACCCAGCACAGCGCGCCACGGCGGCCGAGCUGCUGAGGCACCCUUUCCUGGCCAAAGCGGGCCCGCCCGCCAGCAUCGUGCCGCUCAUGCGCCAGAACCGCACCAGAUGAGGCUUGGCGCCCUGUCCCUCAACCAAAGAGCCCCUUGGGUCACCCCUGCCCUGCCGUAGGCCAGUAGAGGGCCCGCCCCUGCUCCUCCCGGCCUGGGAGACACUCCGUGUGGCACUGCCUUCGUUACUGGGGGCAGUGUGGGGGACCCUACUACUGAACUCCGGUUUUGAUUUUGUGACUAAAACUACGGGACUUGUGGGAACAAGUGAGGCGCCCAGAUCCCCACCUCCGGGACAGGCCCUGUCUUCCUGUCUGUGGGAGGACAGGCAGCCCUCCCAUCACUGGAAACCUGCAGUGUGGCUGCUGGGGGUGGGGAGAACACUACGAAAGAGGUGUGUAUGUGUGCGUGCGUGCGUGCGUGUG